AUGGAUGUAGACGUACCGAGCGCAAAGCCUGCGUCAGCGGCGCACAAACGUGCCAAGGCAGUUACGUCCGAGCGGCGAGCCUCCUCCCUGCCGCCGAAGAACCCGCGGCCGACCCUUCCGGUUGUAGGUUACGUCUACGACUCGCGUAUGAUGGGCCACAGUUGCAUUAGUGGACAUCCAGAGCAGCCGGAGCGCAUCAAACGCAUAUUCGACGCGUUUCGAGACGCAGGGCUCAUCUCUAAGAUGAGAAAGAUACCCAUCCGCGAGGCCGAACGCGAUGAGGUCCUCAUGGUCCACAGCGAAACCCUUUGGGACAAGGUCAUGGCUGUGGGUGACAUGAGCACUCAGGACAUCGUGGAUUCGGAGCAGUAUUAUCAGGAUCUCUCUCUCUACGUCAGCCCGAGCACCCCCGAGGCAGCGCGACUCAGCUGCGGAGGGGUUAUCGAAGUCGCUAUGGCCAUCGUCCGCGGUGAUGUGGAGAAGGCAUUUGCUAUCGUUCGUCCACCCGGUCACCACUCAGAGCCGGACGAACACAUGGGCUUCUGCUUCUUCAACAAUGUUGCAGUGGCAAUAAAGGUGAUACAGAUGUGGCCGGCUUUCAAGAAAAUUAUGAUUCUUGACUGGGACGUGCACCAUGGAAAUGGUACGCAGAAGGCGUUCUAUGAUGACCCUGACGUGCUCUAUGUUUCUCUACAUCGUUACGAGAACGGCCAGUUUUACCCCAAUGGGCCGUUCGGAAGCCUUAAGUCCUGUGGAGAUGGCCCGGGACUCGGCUGCUCCGUAAAUAUACCAUGGCCAACAAAGGGCAUGGGUGAUGCUGACUAUAUCUACGCUUUUCAAAGGAUCGUCAUGCCGAUCGCCAUGGAAUUCGCACCUGACCUCGUUAUCAUUUCCGCGGGCUUUGACGCGGCGAAAGGAGACGAUCUCGGCGAAUGCGAGGUAACGCCCGCUGGCUAUGCCCAUAUGACACACAUGCUUGCAGGCCUUGCACGGGGAAAGAUGCUCGUGGCCCUCGAGGGAGGCUAUUGCCUGGACGCGAUCUCGAGCUCCGCUACGGCUGUUGCAAAGGUGCUAGUGGGCGAAGCACCCCCAGAGCUGCCGCCUAUGGUGGCCUCGGAUAUCGCUACAGAGACCAUCUACCAAGUGGCAGUGGAACAGAGCAAGUACUGGAAAUGCAUGGAUCCCAAGGCUGUCGAGCCUCAAGAAGAGCUUCAGGAACUUGCAGUGUCGAUACCAGAGCUGCUGAAGGCGCACCGCCAGAAUUAUUUAUUCAAGACUCACAAGAUGCUCCAGGUACCGUUCGUCACACAAGAGUUGACAGACCGGUUCUUCUCGCAAGUCACUUGCACACCCGAUAUUAUGGAUAACGAGACGCUGGUAGUUUUCGUGCAUGAGUUUGGUAAUUUGCGCGUGGAGCUAGAAUCUGUGCUGAUGUGCAACCCUCGUGAGGAACAUUCAUACAUGGUCGAUUUCAGCAGACAGCUUAUAGAACAGGUUGUUGGCGCGGGCCAUGCGCUGCUCGAUGUCAACCUUUACCCCAAGCCCGUGGCGCAGCAGACUAGAAGGCGUCAUCAUGACGGCAAGGAGGAUUGGUCAACGGACGUCAUGACAUAUCUCUGGGAUAACUAUAUCCAAUUGACCAAUGCCCGAAAGGUCGCCCUAAUUGGCCAUGGUCCCGGCUGUGCCGGAAUUAUCGACCUUCUGCAGAACCGCUCCGCCAACUGUGUGCGACACGUACAAGCCGUUGUGCAAGUCGUGGGCAACUACACCGUCCCAGGUGUGCCGCGGGAGCUGCCCGAGCACUCGAUGGUCGUGCUUCCGAAAGAGCACAGAGCGAUUCAGGAUCAGCAGAAGUUUACAAAGAGGCACGGCAAGAUUGUUAUCUCAGACGAGUCGAAACCCAUACUGCUGAUCACGAAGCACCUACCUAGCAUACUGCACUUCGUGCAGAAGCGGCUAGGUAAUACUGAGAGCAAGGAGAACCAGGAGAACCAGUCCAACGGUGCAUAG